UCUAUUCGAGACAUCGAGUAUUGUGUGUACUUUUUAUUUAGUUUUCUUUUAAUUUUAAAUGAGAAACCAGUAAUCGGGCGUUGAAUAAAAGAAUUGAUUAAAUACUAAAAGACCCAUAAUGGGUUUACCGAACACGCAAAUACCGAGCGACAAGCUUCCGGAAUGCUGGUCAGACGAUGUUCGUAUGAACGCAUUAUUUGCGCCGUUCAGGAUCAAAACUGCUAACCCAGAAUCUUGGGACAUGAAGAUGAAGUUCUGGUCCGAGAUGGUACGGCAAUGGUGUCGUCAUAGGACAGAUCCUGUUAUCUCUGCAGCAGACAUAAAGUUUGCUUUUCAAAGGAAAGGCCGUACACCAGCUUGCAUAGACAUUGUUAUUGAAGAGAUGUAUAGAAAUGGUGAACUAGCACCUAUAUCCAAAUAUCUACAAAUAUUACACAACGGUCCUGAAGGCUGGGCAAUGUGGGGCGCUAGGAUAGCAUUCAAGCCGGCCGUAUUUGCAGUCUCUACAGUACUGUCAUUAUUACCGAAUAGAACACAACUGGAUAGCGACGGACUGCCCAAAGCGAGUAUAGAAUCAACACAGAGAUUUGUACUAGAAAGUGCUGUUAAGGAACAAGCGACACAGUUCUUAGAUAACUUUCCACCAGGCGAGCAAAGAUUGGGAACAAUAGAUGAACUAAUGAAAAUCACACAAUGGGGUGGCGAUAGAGAGACAUUGGAGAUUAUUUUGGGCUAUCUGGUGUCACAGGGUGCUGCGGUGAAGAAGGGGGAUGUUGUUAAAUUAGCGGAGCCCAAUAAGAAAGCAACAGCUGUGACUGAGACAGAUGAAGCUCUUGUUAAGUUAACAUCAGCUGAGGCAAGACUAGAGGCUGAUAUGGAAAGACUUACUAAGGAAUUGAAAUCAGCGGACGCAGAUGCAAGAGCAGCACUCAAAUUGGGCAAUAGACUUGCUGCAAAGAAUCAUCUACGUCGCAAACACAAGAUAUCAACUCGUGCACAGCGCUGUGAUGCUGCACUCGAGAAUGUGAGACAUCUCUUACAUCAGAUGAGAGAAGUUGACUCCAAUGCUGCUAUUGUUGAAACAUAUAGAACAAGCUCUCAAGCUAUGAAGCGUACAAUGAAAGAGGGUGGACUUGAAGAGGACUCCGUCUUUGAUACAAUGGAUGAAUUGAAAGAUGUGUUAGAGACAUACAACGAAGUGGAGAAAGCUCUGGGUACGACGGUAGACGAUAUCGAUACUGCGGAAUUGGAGCAGGAGUUGAAAGAACUGCUGGAUACACCACCUCCACCUGGUGGUGGAACUCCAGAGGAGAAGAGAGAUAAAGAAGGUAAAAUACCAUCACCACCUGGACAACGUAGAAAGGAAUCAGAAAGAGAUUUUGUAUUCGACGGUGAAGAGAGAAUGUUGGCUGAACUGGACAAGCUCAGUCUAGAAGAUACAACACCUAAGAAGAUGGACAGGAAACCGGUCGCAGUCGCUGAAUCUGCUGCUGCUGAUAAUGGCGCUACAAUAUCGAAAGGCAUCAAACCCUCAAAGCCCUGGUAUCCACCACCUGGUGACUGUCUCAGACCUGACACAGCCUGGUCUGAGAGUGGAGUUGAUGCCAGUCUGAAGCGGCUUAGCGAAGGUUUUGGGGAAUUGAGGAUGGAUCAGAGAUUACAUCCAGGUCAACCUUUAGAUGUGGACUUCACGACACCAGCACGUCAUUAUGUGACAGACUUCCAGGUGAGAGAUCACAAGCAAGCUCCUGCAGGUGUCUGGUUGUACAACCAUGAGGAUACCAGCGCUGAGCUUGCAGCAAGCACUGAGUACAUCAGCACAGAGAGUCCCGGUAAGUCGGGCAGUAGUUUCCUAAUGGCUCCCGGCGAAGGUAGGAGAAAGCAGGAACCUUGGCACACUGAUGAGGAGAAGACAAUCGAAGACCUGGAGACCAGGCUUAACAGGCUACGAGGGUUCAAUAUGUAGAUGUGUAAGUAUAUAAGAUGUUUAUAUA